AUGAACCUGACGUCAGUGCAGCGUAUUGACCCAUGUGCUGUAGCCAUUAUCGAUAAGUCAGCAUUCUUCGUGUGGUGCAAAUUUGACCACCAGUUUAAUGUCAUCAAUUCAGAAUUUUACGGCAAUUCUUUCUGUUUUCAGUCAACACAUGCUGCACUGUACAGUUACGAUGCUGCCAAAGAAGGAUGGACCAAAACCGCGAUUGAAGGCCCAUUGCUCAUCUACAGACGUGCCGAUCGACCAACGCAUUCGAUGAUCAUCGCCAAUCGUCAGUCGCUUUGUGAUCACAUCGAGCCAAUCAUUCCAUCGUUACGCAUUUGGGAGAAAUCGCCGUACAUUUUCUUCAAAAAAAUGGAAGUGUGUUUGUAUCGUUGGAUGAUUUUGAAUGUGUUUGCAGAGAACGAAAUAACUGGUUUAUGGUUCUACGAGCGUGAGGACUGUGUUCGAAUUUAUAAAUUACUGCGAAGACUUCUCAGUGAGACGAGCACUCCUCAGCCACCAGCACCAGCCACAGCCUCAAGCAACACCACCUCUGUUCAGUCAAUCCAAGAUGCAAGCUUUGAUGUUCUCUCACUUCUGUCUUGCCCUCAGCAAACCCAAAAUGUAUCACAACAAAUUACCACUGAGCAAAAUGCAAAUAAACCUCAAACACUCGAUGAAAGGGUCAGUGAGUUGCCAUCAAAAGAUGGUAGUUGUGGCACAUUCGAAAUGCCUGCGAUGUUGCAAAAAUUAUUGUGUGAAGAGAGUGGUAUUGCUAAACGAACAAUGCCAUUGAAAGGCGCUUUGAACGCGGAUCAGAUUGAGAAACACCUCGUUCAAGGAGAUUCCAAUCUGCUGAUGGAUAAAUUCCUGACGGAUCCAAAACUGUCCACUCAUUUUUCAUCAGCCAGUUUGGCCGCACUUUCAACGACAGCAGUGGGCGGAAGUGAUACAGGUACUCUUCCUGACGAGGCGACUGGUGCAGGAGAUCAGUCGUUUUCAACGAAAAAUAGGAAUGUGACCGAAUUGAAGAGAUCCUGUUCAGUGGAUGAUACCACUAACCAGAUACCGAUCGCACCGUUGAAUAAAGAGCAAAUGUUACAAGCUAUGAUGCAUUUACUCAGGACCGAUGACGAUUUCGUAGCACAAUUGCACCGUGCCUAUGUGGAUAGUCUCAACUACCGUCUUGGACUGUAA